GUGUCAGCCUUUGAAACGAUAAUUUGUUUCUCGUGAUACCAGCAUGUUUCGUCUCGUGACAAAAUUAUUUUUACAUACUUUUUAAUUUUAAACCACGUGACUCUUAAACUUCAAUCACUAACUACAGAUCCUACUUAUCAACUCUGUAUUUUUGUAACACAGUGGGGGUCGUCAUUUGAAAACUCUUCAAGCAUUGUUGCACGGUGAACGCAGAAUGUCUCUGCACCCUGCAGCGAGAGCAGAGUUCGAUGGCCUUGUAUAUAAAAAACCGCGACGACGUUCAAACGGAUUUUAAUUAAAUAAGAAAAUAAAAAUACUUGUAAAUUAUUUUGAUAAGAACGACAAGAGUAGGAAAUACGUAUCUCAGUUUAUAACUCGAUAACAAUGACUGUAUCUCUAAAAAUGUGGAUUAGGUCGAUAGAAUGAUAACUGAUUAUUUACAAUGUGAUAACGAUCCCCAAGGUUAUAAAUCAAGUUUGCAAUUGCGAUUAACGGGAAACGCCGAAACGGUACACGUUACUUAGAAAUCGCGACUUGCAUGUAACCUGCGAAAUAUAGAAAGAAAAUGAGUCAUGACUUCGAGAACGGAACCGAACAAAGGCUUGGUCGUUUGGCACCGUUCUUCACCGCCUAGUAGAUAGUACGCUUAUGUUCGUUAAAUGAAUACAAAUCGAUCGGAGAAUCGAACGUCCUCAAACGCAGAAACUGGAACUAUAGACACGUGUAUCUUAAGUAAAUCGCUUUAGGAUUUCAACGAAAGAGCUCGACGAGUGAUAUUAGAAUUUCUAUGGAAUCGUAGAAAUAGUGCGUUCUCGGACCGUUGCGUGCUUUCGUUUUUUUAUGAACCGGUUACCGCUGAAAGGGAGAUAAGAGUAUCGGUAACUGACACGAUAACAUGUCCGUGUCGCUCUUUACGAGCGUUAAUGAAUCAUCGUAGCAAUCAUUGUUGUUGAUUUUUUGGACAUACAUUUACUUGUAGAGUUCAGUGAAACGGACGUGGACAAGCAAUUUCUUUGAGAAAAAAGCGAUUCGUUCAACGACGGGAAGAAAACGUGUCGCUCGUAAGUUAUUGACCGGAAAUCUAGUACCAAGGAUUGAAGGUCAAAGAAACUGGAAACCGUUGUAAGUGUAUCGAGAAGUGUUUGAACUUUAAUAAAAUGAUCGUUAGGAAAUCGUGCACUAUUUAUCAAACUAAAGACAGCUAGACACAAGCGUAGACAACAUAGAGGACGCGUUGAUCGGCAAAAUAUUUUCAACGCACCACUCCACUCUGAUCGAAGUGGGAGGUUAGGUGUUCUCCAAGGUUUCCGAGUACCAGGAGGAAGUCGAAUAAGCUGUAGAUCGGAACAGUAGACAAGCGGAUUCAUUGAGUAACGCGGUUUUCGUUGGCGAGUUGAGUCAGUGUCACCAAUUACGUAAUCGUUCGAUUGACAGAGACAGACAGAGUGAGACAUCGUGCAAAACGCAUCGAGAAUGACCUUCGCAGACUUCUCGUCUGUCCGUCUAUCGCCGACAGAGAAGAGGCCGGAGAUAAGGUCGAACGCAAUUUAAUUAUUAUCUACUCGUGAUCGGUCGUUUGUUCGAGUAAAUCUGAGCCGAAGACAGGAUGUCACGCGUAUGUCGGAAGAGAUGACUGUGGCAAGAGUGAUUUCUGGCAAAAGAUCCGAGGCUGACGGGAUCUGAGACAACUCUGCAGCUGGUUACGCCGUUUUGCAGCACAGGUGUACCGUGUGAGAAAUGACGGUCACUUACACCGCCGAAGUUGCUACCUGUAGAGGUCUCGGUUGCUUUCUAAAAUUACUCCUAAGAUGGCGAGCAAGUAUCUACAAGCUUGUGUGGUUGGACUUAGCUCUGUUCCUCUUCAUAUAUUACUCCCUAUCGAGCAUCUACCGGUUGCUACUGGACGAGCAUCAAAAGAAGAUUUUCGAGGCAGUGGUGGCAUACUGCAACGAGUACAGCGACCUAAUACCGCUAUCGUUCGUCUUGGGUUUCUACGUCAGUAUCGUUAUGACCCGAUGGUGGAAUCAAUACAUGGUGAUACCCUGGCCAGACUCGAUCGCGGUUUUCGUGUCAGCCACCAUUCACGGCAACGACGAAAGGGGUCGAUUAAUGCGUCGAACCAUCGUCAGAUACGUCUGCGUCUGUUUGACACUGGUGUUGGCGAUGGUUUCGCCUCGUGUAAAAAAACGUUUUCCAACGUUGGAGCAUUUCGUGGACACCGGUUUGCUGUUGGAGAACGAACUAGUGAUAUUCCAGAGCCUGAACGCGAAAUUUCCCAAGCCCAGCAAGCAUUGGCUGCCAAUUGUGUGGGCGUCGAGUAUAGUGACUCGGGCCAGAAAGGAAGGUCGGAUUCGUGACGAUUUUGCUGUAAAGACAUUGAUAGACGAACUGAACAAGUUUCGCGGUCUUUGCGGUAGUCUCAUGCACUAUGAUACGAUUAGCGUUCCUUUAGUUUAUACCCAAGUGGUAACUUUGGCUGUGUACACAUACUUUUUAACGAGCGUGAUGGGUCGACAAUGGGUGCAAGAUUCGUCCACGUCGAAAAUCGAUCUUUACUUUCCAGUAUUCACGACGCUGCAGUUUUUUUUCUAUAUGGGUUGGCUCAAGGUCGCCGAGACUCUGAUCAAUCCGUUCGGGGAAGACGACGAUGACUUUGAAGUUAACUGGAUAAUCGAUAGGAAUUUGCAAGUGAGCUACCUAAUCGUCGACGAGAUGCAUCAUGAGCAUCCGGAAUUGAUACGAGAUCAAUACUGGGACGAAAUAUUCCCCACGGAGCUCCCUUACACGGCGGCAACUCAGGCCUUGCGAGAGGAACAUCCUCAACCGUCGACGGCCGGCAUACAGUUAUCCGCGGCACAACAAGAACUUCAGCCAUCCUCGGUCAGAAUCGACGAAAUGGUAGGGGACUACCAGCAAAAAUUCCGACCGGAUGUAGCCGACGAUGCGGCGUCCGGUAUACACUUCACGGCUACUGGCAAAAUGUCAAGGAGUACCACAGAGAGUGGCAAAAUAGCAAGAAGCGCUAGCAGAGUGAGCAAUCGAGAUCGCACUCUCAGCGGAGGUUCCACUCCCAGUAAUCUGGGUGGUUCUCUAACGAGAGUGAACAGCGUGACCAGCAUGUUCAAACGAUUGUUCAGCAAAGAAGACAGACCAGACGGUAGUGUACUGAGCGGCACUAAAACUCCAGGAAGGCUCGCGACCUCUAGUUCCGCCGCUUCGUUGCAAAAUCGUAUAGUCGGCGCAGGUGGCUCAAUGAGGAUAGGCGUGAUCAAAGAGGAAGCCGACGAGCAGAUGACCCUAACAUCGAUGAAAUCGGACAAACGGCCUCACGUGCAGAGCAUAUUUUCCCCUGGGCCUCCACCUCCGAGUGCUCCAGUCAACGUUCCCGGUACAGAGCAUACUCGAAACGGAGAAAUAUUCUCAACUAGUGCUCCUGUUGGUGCCGUGGGAAACAACGGAAGCGUCAACGACACAAGAUAUCCACCCGCGAGCAGAGCAGAACGAUCGACGCAAUCGGCACGAUCCAGCAUCGCUUACGAACCAGCGAUGAGUUAUGCCGGCAGCGGUAUUCCGGAUGACCUGAUCAGUACACACAGUUCUUCCUGUAACACUACCGAUUCCGACGACGAGUUCACGAAAUUGAAGACGGAAAGGGAAAAACAAAGACGGGACAAGGUAGUACGAAGACUGGCUAGAAGUACCAGCGGACACAACAAUUUAAUCAGCGCAGCUUCGAGGAGUACUCUCGACGGAGAACACCUUUUGUUGUCGGAAUUAGCAAAUACAUCGCGUUUGUCGAUGAGACCAGAAGAUCUCGAUGAUAAGACCGAAAGCGAGAGGCUUUAUACGCACAUUCCAGAAAUCAUAGACGAAUUUAGAUCGAUGACAAAGUCGAUAGAACGAUCGCACAUUCACGAAGAAACCUCGAUUUCUUACUUUUCGUACAUUUGCAAUGUCGCACAGUUACGCAACAAUUAUAAUUAUAAUCUAAUUACAGAAAAGAAGCGAGCUAGCGGUGGCGCGGCCCGUGCUCGUGCCAUAGGGCCUCUGCCAGGCAUUAGUGCAUUCGUUUACAAGAUGGCAGACGGUCCUUCCGUGGAAGACGCGGCCACCGACCUAGGGAACAGUGAUUCUCGUUUAACGAGAGAACGACACAAACGUCAGGACGCCCCGUCUUCGAUGACGUCCUUGAGCACGGGUCAGGACAUCGCCAGACGCAUCCACGACGACGCUUCGGUGCUCGAGCAUCAUCAUCCUUAUCAUCGACAACAUCAACAGCAUCGUCUUCUUCGUCGCAAUUGUCACCCUCACGUUUUACGGCGACAUUCGAGUAACGGUAAUAACAACAGUAAUAUCAACGGCAACAGCAACAACAACGGUAACGCGAAUAACAAUCAUCAUCAGCAUCAUUUUCGACGUCGCGAGCACGAGAACAGCGACGUCGACGGUACCGAACGCGUUAGCAAAAUCGAGAGUGAUAGUGGUGCCGGUGUUGACACGACGCGCGUUCUCUCGUUCGCGUCACCGACCAGCGACGAUUACGACGAAGACGAUGACGAGGAUGACGAGGAAGAAGAAGAGUACGAGAACGCAGAAGCUGCGAGAAAGGAAAACGGUGUUUCGAAGAAGUGUUGCGGCGUUGUUCGAUUCGAUCUAACAAAGACUGUGAAAAACGAAGAGAGCUGUAGCGGUAAUAGUAGUAGCAAUGGUAUUAAUAAUAAUAAUAAUAAUAAUAGUAAUAAUAAUGGAAGUAGUGGUAGCGACGGUGCCGCGAUGACCGGUUACGCGACGCGCGGUGACGAUGCCGCCUUCUCGGCCGACGGUCGGCGGUCGAGGUCCGCGAGCGUCGUUUUCCUCGACAAGGAUGCCUCGAACGAUCGCGUGAACAAAGUGAACGAGUGCCGUCGACAACGCGUGGACGACGACAACGACGAGGACGAGGACGAGGACGAGGACAGGAACGCGUUACGGAAAGUGAGUCGUCUCGGAUGCGAUAACGGCGAGAUCGAGAGAGACGACGCGGCCCGAAAGACGAACGGCAUCGCUAGUGAUGGUAGUAGUGACGGUGGUAGCAAUAGUAGUAGUAGUAGUAGUAGUAGUGGUAUUGGUGGUGCUGCUGCCGCCGCUGCUGUUUCUGCUUCUGGUGGUGGUGGUGGUGCUGGUGCCGCUGGUGUUACUGCAAAUGGCCUCGUCGCCGGCAGGCAUCAGGGCAGCCCUUUCAAGGGACAGGUUAGGAUGGCCGAAGACACCCUCGUCGGCCCUUGCGGCAAGAAGCGGUGCGCCGAUCGAUACGACAGCUCCGAGAGUUCUGACAGUGGCGUCGCCGUGUCCUGCGGCGAGUGCAGCAGCAGCGGUACCAGCGACAUCACGGAGCCUGGUUCCCCGUGCAGCACGAGCAGCGACGAGGGGGUAGCGAUACGUGGCGCGUCUGCCAGUCCACUUCCGUCCCUACCCAAGCUGGCGCCGUCCUCGCAGAUCGGUACCAGGCCCCAAUGGCCCUGGACCCCGCCGCUGGCGGCCACCGCUUGCUCCACUUACAAGAGGCACAAGGGAGAGCCCGAGGCUGGGGCUCUCCCUAGGUCCGGGGCCGCGGAUCCGACCUUCAGAGGAAUCGGCAAAUCGAACGGCAAACCCAACGUCGGCCACCAUCGUCACGAGUCCCAGGGGAAGAUCACCGAGUACUUCAAAACUCAGAUCAAGCCUCAGCAACCCAAGAUCAAGAAGAACAGCGAAGCGAUGUCGGUGCUGGUCGCGAAAAGUUCGACGGAAUUUCGUAGACCCCCGACGGUGCAGAGGAACAAGGGCGGUCUAGCCAAGUACCUGGGUACCGUCUCGCCGAACGGUCGGAACGCGUCUACCAAUGACUGGGAAGUGAGAGGUCUGACAAUGUCCCCGCCGCCUACGAAAAAACCACCGCCUAUGAUCGUACCGAGGACCAACGGUAAGAUGGAUAAGAAGUUGCCAAAGCCGGUGCCCAACCUGCCCAUCUCGAACGACGUGCUGAAGAAUAUUCCGAGUUGCAAGAUCUCGUCCCUCAGGUUAACCUCGGAAGCGAAUCCGAACGCGAUUAGCUCGUCGCCCUCGACGCCGUCUUCUCCCUCGUUGAGCAACGAAUCGACGACGACGACAGCUACAGCGACCACGGUCGACUUCAACGGCUGUAUCCUUUCGAAAUCUCACGUCAACGAAAACAACAACCUGACGAACGGCUGCGGAACCAUCUUGGAUUCGUUGAGGUCUCCGGACAGUCAAGACAUUUUCUCCUUCCUGUCGUCACCGGAAGAUUCCAAGAGCAAGGACGCGCGAGCGAGCCCCGCGGACGAAGAGGACGCCGAGGAAGAGGAAGAGGACUCGAGGAGCAGCGAAUCGAAACCGUCGUUGUCACCGAUACUUUCGGCGCCGACUACCAUUCGAUUUCCUGCCAGGGAACCGGGCAAGGACAGACAACAGGGAGCAGACAGCGGGGUUUGCCGAUGGGACAAAUGCGAGGAGAGCUUCGAAUCUAGCAGUGGACUUCUCGAACACCUGCAGGCAGCGCAUAUCAACACGCAAACCGGCGGCGACAACUUUGUCUGUCAGUGGCAAGGCUGCAAGGUGCAGGGGAGGAGUUCGUGUUCAAGAAGGUGGCUCGAGCGACACGUGCUGUCUCACGGUGGCAACAAACCCUUCCGGUGCAUCGUCGACGGCUGCGGCAGCAGAUUCAGUUCUCAGACCGCCUUGGAGAGGCACGUCAACGGACACUUCAAUCAACCGGAAACCAGCAACAACAAUACCAAAAGGAACUGCGAAAGCGGAGGAAAACUGAUGAGAAGAAACGGGAAAAGGCUACGAUACAGGCGACAACCUUGGUCCGCGAGACUGUUCGAUUACUUCGAUUCGGGUGUUAUGGAAGGUCUUCAGCACAGGUUACUGCAACUGGAAAAAUCGAGGACGCAAGAUCGACUGGCAGAGACACCAGGAAAUUCGAUGGCCCUAACUAGUCAAGUAUUAGCUCGAAGAGUAGAAAUGGACGGGAAGACUAAAGUAUUGUUACGAUGGUAUCCUCCGGAUAUCGAGCCAGACGAAUGGGUAUUGGAAUCCGAAGUACAAAGGACGAAACUGGUUGCGAUACGCCAAGUGACGUCCACGCAUCCGGAAGAGGUAACUCUGGCCCUUUAUUCGGCGAUCAACAGCGGACCACCACCGUUAACGCGGAUAAAACAGCGCCGAAAACCGGUGAAGAACUCGUGAUAAUGCCGAUCACGUUGAUCGAGGACAAGCGCGACGAAGCAGCGACGACUACUAAGCCGGAGAAGGAACAGGGACGAGUUCUGUAUCGGGACGAUCGCGAAUUCUGCUGGUUUAUAAAGAAAAGGAGCCUGGCGAGAUAACCGAGAACCGGGAAGUCUGAACGUGUCAAGGAAGCGAACCGGAAAUCGACCGUGUCCUCUCGCGCGAGAGGCGAAAGGAACGAAACGAAUUAGACGAGUUCAAAUUCGAGGAAAACGAAACGACGAUACCAGAGACAGCGCGUGGGAACAAGUACGAUUCGUAAGGAGAGAAACGUACGAAACAACCGACGAACGCGUAGUAGAGAGGAUACCCGAAGAGUAACUAACGACGAUACCGAAUAAUUAGAAACGUUCUAAUUUAUUUAGCCUAGAUGUACCCGUCGAUCGUUAGGUGAUAUUAGUAGUCGUGGAUAGACGAUGAAAAAUAAAUAUUCUUGUUGCCUAUCGAUGCUAACAAUUUCGAAACGUUGGGGUUGAUUCCUGCCACGAGUGGCGUCGAGUAAACGUAGAACGACGCAACGUCACUCGUCGGACUCGGAAGAGCUGGGUUUGGGCCUCAAAAGUGCCUCAUUGUGGAUACGUUUUAUAUCGUUGACCGUCGCGCAAGACCAAUGAACGAGACGGCGGAUAUGCGUUACAGAAACGAGAGAAGGAAAGCGAAAACGAUAAUAAGCGCGAUAAAAAAAAGUACGAGAAUUUUUACUAACCCUGUGUUACUCGGCUCGCGAAGAAGCAAAAGAAGAAAUGCAAAUUGUUAAACGUGUUAGUUAACGAUUGUAAGGAGAUAAUCACUCUGGUGGCCUUAGGAAUCAAUUAAUAUCUAACGCCGGCCCCUCGGCACUUCCGGGCCCUCUUUAAAAUACACCCCUUAGCUCGCCGAGAGAGAAGAAAAGGGUCGAAGAAAGAAGAAACGCGGACUUCUUUCGUUCGCCCUCGACCAACUUUCGCAAGGAGAUGCAUCUACCUCGAUCUUCAGCUCGGUAGAAAUUCGUGCAGGUCGCUGAAACGAUGAGGAGAACGAACAAGAAAACGAGGGGGCGCGUGGCCGAUACGAAACACACGGCGAAUAAGGGAAAUCUUAUUCGGAAACGAAGAGAACGAAGAUGGAACCGUAUAAAAGACCGAGAAUACGACGUAACCGGUGGUUCGAAUACGACGCAAGAAUUGAACGAAUGAAGCGCCAACGAGAUUUCUAUCGAGAUUUAUCCGCGAUACGUUAUAGAGAAAACGAAGUUAAAGCGAAGAAAGAGAUCCUCUUUGGCCCGAGGCACGCUCGAUAACGAGAAGAACGAGCUUGCCUCGUUUGUGCCCGACGACGGUUCAAUUUCUCUUGUACUUCAUAGUCGCCUAUUUUUAUCUUUGUGCCGAACCACGCGCAGCAUGUCGAUGCAAUCGACACGGCGACGGCUCGAAAAACGACAUCCUUUAUGACCCAUCGACAUUUCCCUCUCGUUCUCGUCUUCCGACCACCGAUACCGACAAACGAACCGCCGACGCCAGCAAUUUCCGAACGAUCUUCCGUUUCCGUCAUUCGAACGGUAGAUCGGUCGCGAUGUUCGCGACGAACCUACGGACACGCGUCCGCGGACAAACAACGGAUACGAGACCCGAGAAGAACGCGUUCGGCAGCGAGAGAAGAAUGCAUCGCGUGCUGCGCGAUCGUAACGAACAGCUACGUUACUCCGAAUAGCAAAGGGAUAAAAACACGAUGGCUGUGUUACAUUUUCCACGGAGUUUACUGUAAAAGGGCUCGGGAGAAGAGUAGCUUGAAACGCACGAGCAAUGGGAAAGAAGAGGACAGAAGAGGAGGAGAAACGACCGAUAUAUAUGUAUAUGUAUAUACGUGUGUAUGUCGGAUCGCUAUUUUUCAUAGGUGUAGAUACGACGAGCUCGCGUAGAGAGAGAGAGAGAGAGAGAUACACGGUUUUUUUUUUCGUGGCGUGAAGUUUUUUCACGGGACCGCGCGUGUACACAUAUAUUACGUAGUGGGUAAACAGAAUACUUUGUAAAUUAAGGGGAAGAAACAGAAGGGGCGGGGGGAGUAGAACGAGAACGGGUGGAGAAAUCGUGUCGAUGACGUGUUGUGUAGCUACCAUGAAAAUUUUUUUUUUCCGAUGGGAUUAGCAGGAUGGUUGGGGGGAUGGGGGUGAGGGAGAAACGAAAUCGUUAGUAGGUUUUCGUAUCGGAGAAACCGGAGGGAAACUCGAGACACACACGGACAGAAGCACACACCUACACACACCAGCUAAGAAACACUGCCAAUACGAUUGUAAUUAAGAACUCUAGGCUAAUUGAUCGAUUAAUUAUUCUUACUAUUACUAUUACGGUUAAAAAAAAAAAGUAUGUAUAACUCCCCGAUUAUAGAUCUCUAGUUGCCGCCGCGAACGCGUACGUAGCGUAUCUCGGUUGCUCGGGGUACGCGAAUAUCUUUUCUUCUUUUUUGUUUCGUUCUUUUUUUUUUGACGAAACCAUCGACGAUCGCUGUAGUUUCCUAGACACGAGCGUGUAAAUAGUUAGUUGAAAUUCUCGAUAGACACAGAUAGCCCGUGGUGGUACGGGGGCAGUUCUCCGUUUUGGGAGAGCAGCCUAUCAGCUUUUGCGAUUUCAGGCAAAAAGAAAGGAGAUCCUUUUCUUAUUUCCCGUCGAAAGGAUGGCUCGUACGGACACGAAGGAAGAACGAGUCGCGCGACGAUAAACGAAGAAACGCGUCACUGCCAAAAAUCGAGCACUGCCAGCCGCCGAAUAAUCGCGGCCUACGUACAUCGUGUUAGAAAGCCUUACUUCGUUCGCGAAACGUAAUCGUGAUCUCGACGAAACACUAACGAACGCGGAAUCGUUCUUCCUCGAGCGUGUCCACCGUCCCUCGAUGCGUUUCGCCUUCGAUCACGCUUCUUUUCCGAUUCGAUGACCGCGAGCGUGAAUCGGAAACGCGCCUACUGCCAGUCCAUUACGUCGACGGACGCGAACCAAGGCACUGCCAUGCGACAAACAUAACGACGAGAAACGUGUGUACGUAUAUGUAUACCUUUAUGUACGUGUACAGAGUGUUAUGUUUCGAUUCGUACACGCGAAUGCGUCUUCGAGGGAGGGGCAAUUAAUUUUCUACUAUCGGGGGAAUUAAUGGUAGUAUCGAUUCGCUAGAUAGGGUUUUGGUAAUUUUCGGUAAAGAAGGUAAAUGGUCGAUGCAACUCGCAUAGUUUUUGGAAUUGAACGUGUCACUAUGUAUUGCCAAAAAGUUGUUGCUUUCUGUGAUAAUUGUGUGUAUCUUUUAUUCGAGACGCGAUCGCGUGCAUUCGUCCGAACGCUACACCUUGUACGCGUACGCGUAUAUGUAAAGUUAAUAUCUACGUAUGUAUAGAAACGUCAUCUCUCGAGCCCGUUGCACGACAGGAACACGUAGACGAUCGAUUUUUAUUUCAGUUGGAUCGAUUUCAUUUUUGUUCUCCUCUUUCGCUGCUCACCGGUACGGUUCGUUUUCCUCGUCACCGAAACUCGCACCCGAUCGAUUUUGGCAUCCUCUCUGCUCAGUGCCAUUACACGGGUUCUGUGUGUCGCUCGCGUUUCUUGUGAUUUUUCUCGUGUGUUCGUCACGCGUUCGUCUUCCGUAUUCGUUGAGUUACUUGGUGGCGCGAUUCGAUCGUUCUCUCCUCUCGAUUCCACUCUCGUUCGUUCGAUGCUCGAACGCUCGUACGAUAGAACGAACGAGGUAUUAUAUCACGGGUGGGACCAAUAUCUCGCGCGAAAAAUAUCAUCCAUCUUCUCGAAUUAUUUUUUUUACGUUCGAUUCAGGAAUCGCCGGGAAGGAUCGACCAAGCUCCGUUCGAGCUGCUUACGGAAUUUUGCCUUUAGAAGCGUUCAUUUAGAUAGGUUUUUUUUUAGCUUUUUACGUCGUACGAUUAGAAAUAAUUGGCCUUUCGCGUCAACGAGAGUGGAACAUUCCGGGGGAAAGGUUCGUCCAUUCGAAUCACGCUUGAUCUCGUGUUAUCGAACCGUGGCAUACGAAAUUUAGGCUAGAACGAUAGAUUUCGAGUCGUUGGCAAUUCCGUUCGAAUUACGAACCAUUGAAAUUUUUUCUUUCGUUGCUCGUCCGAUCGAGCUUCGUUUAGAUUUCGAAAGCAUCCACGUCGCCGUUUGCUUCGCUCAAGACUGUCUAUAUUUAGCGUUUAGCGUUCUAUUAUUAUCUAAUUCUAUUAAAAAAUGGGUAAAGCGAAAGAUGGAUAUUCGUAAGCGUAAUCGACGAAUAGUUCAUUCUUUCGACAGCAUUUUUCGUUCCGGUCGAAACGAUUUUGUCGAUCGUCGUCUCGUCGCGUUAGUUCGAUUUAUAAAGUUCAUUCGAAUCGAAUAAUUUACCUUAGGAAAUUUCUGUUUCGGAAAUCAUCGAGGCGAAGAGGGGAAAAGACAGAACUCGGUCAGUGUAUCGGCACUCUUUAUUACGUUUAUCGUUCGAUUUAACACGUUAACUGGGAAAGACGAAUUAACUCGUUCGAGCGAUCGACGAUACUCGGAACGUUAAUUUAUUAAACGAUUAUCGGAGUACCUGCGUCUUACUAAUCGGAAGCUCGUUAAUCGACUCGUCGACAUCCUAUCGAUCGUAGACCGACAUCUAACAUUUAGAAAAGUUAGUUCACGUUUCAUCUUAUCAUACUCGUCAAUCUAACAAAUAAUAAUUAAGUACCGGCAGAUGCCGGAUAGAAUUUUUUAUCGGAACGUUACCCAGUUAACAGGUUAAAGACAACCAUCGUACGCUUGCAUUUUUCUUCUCUUUUUCCUAACUCGAGAAACACUUUACGUUCGCGAUCCUCGUUUCCUUUAUUCUCUUCCAAAUUCCUAAUUUCUAAUUCUUUACUUUCUUUCUUUUACAUCGAUCGUUUAGGUUUCUUAGUUUCUACCCGACCGACUACUAUGCAUUUAACGCGUUGAUCGCUACAGAGUCACAUACAGGCGCUACGAAUUUAUCGAAAAUUAUGAUAGAACAGAUCGAAAGUUCCACGAUCCAUCUUAUAUCGCAUACCGUACUGGUUUCUACCGAUCAGCGCGUUAAACGAUCCAUGUAUAUUUUAGCGAGGCGUUGUAAAGUUUUGUGUAAGCCGAUUAGAUGCGUUAUAUAUAAAUAUAUAUAUAAAAUUCGUUAGCGACAGAAGCGAUAGAGGGUCGACUCGAACAGUCACGCGAAGAGAAGAGAGUCGCGAAUUUUUGUUCGUUCCAAUGGGGAAUUUCACGAGAAGAUUCGACGUAGCUCGUGGCUGUUCUCGUCGUUCCUUUCCGUCGUACGUGUGUAAAACGCGCGCGAAACAGACAAAGAGAGAAUGAGAUAGGAAAAUACCGUAUGAGAGAAAAAGAGAACCUAUAAAUGUAGAAUAAAUUUGAGCAUCCUGUAAAUAAGAGAUACACGAUCGAUAACGAAUGUGAAUCGCGAAUUUCGAAGCAGAAAAGGGACAACAGAACAAAGAAACGAUGGGCGAGAAAGGGUGAGAGAAAGAGAAAAAGAAAAUUAAAAGAGAGAAAGAGAAGGGAGAAAGAAGAAUGCUGGUAGAAAUCGUAUUUUUGCAUGACGAAUUCAAAGAAAACGAGAAACGUUAGAGAAAUUUUGGGAAAGGGUACGAUUGGACGGAACCGAACAGUCAAUUGAUCCUCUGCAGGGAUCAAUCGCGCGUUGUCUUAGUGUUUGCUCGAAAGUUUGAAAGAGAAAAGAAAAGGUAGCAGCCCUUCUCUUUCGAAGGAGACUCGCGUUUUCCAUCUUUCUUCGGUGUACUUUUUGGAAACACGAUAAGUUGAUCGAUUCUCGACGCAGAAACGACGACCCAGCGUUUUUCUGUCAUUUUUCUUUUCUUCUUUUUCUUUUUUUUUUUGUAUUCAGUUUUCACGUUCGUUAAAUCGAAAACAUGUUCACGGAUUGCUCGGAAACAAAACGUAUGUGUUCGUCAAACGUUAUUAUCGCUUGUUCUUUCCCCAUCGAUUCGGCUGUCGAACUCGCGUACACUUAACGCAUUAAAAAUCGUAGUGGAUAAGUUUUGUAAAGAAAAAAGUAAAAAAAGAAGAAAAUAUAGCAAGUAAAAGUCGAGAAGAAACCUUCAUCCCGAUCGGUUUGUCGCUUGAUCCUUGACUACGUUCGCGGUCUUUCAGUUUUCUCAACAGGGGCGAACAAUUUUUCUCGAAGAUUUUCGCUGGUAGAAGAACCGUCGGUAAAUCCACGCUCUUUACGUUAUAUAUAUCGCUUAUCGUGUUCUACGAAUGGAACGUACUCAAGGGUUAAAUCGAGCAAAAGAGAAAAAAGAAGAAACGCUUCGAACGCUCGACAGAGUCGUGUCGAUAGAAUCGAAACGACUUGAUUUAUCGAUGUUACGUUGCAAAUUAAGUUUCGCGAAUAGAAUUUAGAUAUUAAAUUAGAUAAUUUAGUGUACGAUACGGAUCGUUUACCGGCAAAGACGGCCGUAGCCAAGGGGUUAACGCGUUCACCGCCGCGGUGAAAGUGCUAACACGCUAUACGUAAUUGCAAUUAUUCGAGCUACGAUCGUUUUACUUUAAAUUUAAUCUCUUUUCUUGCGUGCAUAUUAUUCAAAGUUUCUUCGAUUACUAUUGACCGCCAUGGCAAUCACCGUGUACGAUUUAAUCGCUUGUUCAUUUUCGUCUCUUAAGUUUAGCCUUUCGUCGAGAAAAUUUUCUUUCGCGUCGCAGGCUUUUUUUUUUUAUCGAGAGCUCGCUAUCGGUAGCGUAGAUCUUUUCGGGAUUUGUCGGUACCCCGCGAUCCCAUAAAACCUCCAUAUUUUCCUGCGUUAGAGAUUUCAGGAACGGAGCAGGAAAUUACGAAGAGUCAACGCCGUGUUCGUUUUCCUCCUCCGUGCACUCGCGAGAGAAGGUUACAAGUCCUUUGAGAAUUUGUCUAGCAGGAAUAUAUCGAGGUAUACCCAUCGAAACUCCUCCUCCAUUCGUUCUAAUCUUUUCUUCCCCGCGUACGAUGAAAAGGCUCGAGAUUGGCUCCGGCUUUAAUCGGUAAACUCCUAUCAGCCGAGCAUCCUGCUUGUCCGAACCGUACGCUAUUCGUAUAAACGAGGUUUUAUUGUAUACGUAUGUGUCUCCUGCACGCGAUUUUCAUCGUCGGAUAAGAGUAUCUGGUUAAUAAGGUUAAUUGCGUACGCUAGGGGCGAAAAACAACUGCUUCGCACUGCCAAACGGAGAAGAAGAAGAGGAACGGGAAUUAAACGUGUCGUGUUCGUUACGGUGGAUCGAUCUUGUCGAGCGAUCGUCGAAAGCACCACGGUGUUCAUUAAAAAAUCCACAUAGUGGUAUCUCAAAUAAGGAGGCAAACGAAAAACAAGAUAAUACCUAUUUUUUUCUUUUUUCGAUACUUUGAUGUACAAACACUGACGACGGUUUAUAGCUCAAGAAAAAACAUUAAAGAGACAGAUAUUGUAAGAGAGUAAUAAUAAUUUAACGGUUUACGAUGCCGUA